AUGCGUGAGGAAUGGGCAACUAGAAGUAUGGAUUCGGCUCUAAGAUUUCCUGAAGAUCUUAUACUAUACGGAGCAGGAAUAAUUCUAUAUGUCAUUCUGCACUACAUCAUAAAAAGAGUUGUUUCACCUGUCCUUAUUCGAGCACUCUCCAGAGUGCCAGAAGGUCAAAUUGACGGAAGAAAGUUCAGACGGGCGCUAUGGAAGGCCUUUUGUUUUGGCAUUUUAAGUGCUUGGGGGCUGUACACGGUGUCCACAGAGUCAUGGAUAUUCUCUCCCUUUGGGAUUACACUUCAGUGGCCAAACAAUGCAACGCCGUGCAAAGUGAAUAUGUACUACAUUUUGGAAACAGUUUACUACAGCGGCAGCUUUAUCACAAUGUUUUUCGAGGAAAAGCAGUCUGACUUCUAUCUUAUGAUUUACCAUCACUUUGUUACACUGGUCUUGGUUGGGUUCUCGUAUAGAUACAAUUUCUUGAGAUACGGUGUGUUUAUUAUGCUUUUGCACGAUAUUUCUGACUCUUGGAUGGACUCCGCAAAGAUUGCAGUUUAUCUAGGGUAUCAGACGCUAGGAAACAUUCUGUUCAUUAUAUUCUCCAUUCUGUUCAUUGUGCCUCGUAUUCUAAUCUAUGUGUUCAUGAUACUGAUUCCAGGAUACAGUUUCCUAUGGGAGUUUGGAAGCAAGCUGCUUGUUCCCAUAUGGGGGCUUCUUCUGGGAGUCUUCUUGCUUAACUCAUACUGGUCAGUGCUUAUUGUCAGAAUGGCAAUUGAGUUCAUUAAAAAAGGAGAGCUAACAAAGGACAUACGAGAUCUUCCCCCUCAGAAAGAUGCAAAAAAAUCAGCAAGAGAAAACGCAAAGAGUGAAAGUAAAAAGAAGAAUGAAUAA